UGUGUACUCCGUAUGCUUCUUUCGCCAGAGCAGGUCUCCGGUCUGAAAGUGACCCCUUUCCGGUCCGAGGGUCUUUUUUCAUUUCUUUAUGCCUUCUGGUCUAUCCCGAUACCAAAAGCAUCGCUCCCAAAAUGCCGCCACCCAUGCCUAACCCCGCAAAGCGGAUGACCGCAAACCCUGCGCGGCCCGUUGCAAGAAUCAGAAGAGGAACAACAGCGACCGCCACCCCAGAGGAAGCCGCAGACUGCCAGACCGCAGCCGCCGAGGGCCCAACAGCCUACACAAGAGGAAAGCGAUGAGGAUGACGAGGAAGGUUUUGUUACGGACGAGGAAGAUGGCGCAAAUGCUACGACGACGACAAAAACAGUGCCACAGCUAGUGAAGGGCACAAUCCCUUCGGCCAGACAAGCCCCGAUAAAACAAGAAUUUACAAGAGACGACUCCGAGGAGGACGAGGAAUCUGAAGCAGAGGAGUCCUCAGAGGAUGAGGAGGAAGAGGAGAGUUCAUCAGAAGAAGAGGAGCCCCGGCGGAAGUUCCAACGCCCGACAUUCAUCAAGAAGUCGGAUCGGAAACCUCCCCCACAAGCCUCCGACGCCCGUCCUGCUGCGGCCACGAACGGCGCAAACCCCAAUCCGGAAGUAGACACCCAAACUCGUCGUCUAGCCCAAGCCGAGCUUCUAAUCAAAGACAAGCUCGAACGCGACGCGCUAGCCCGCGCCCAGGGCAAAAAAGCAUGGGACGACGACGACGAACUGGUGCCUGAGUCAAUGGUGGACGAUACUGACGGCAUUGACCCUGCAGCCGAAUACGCAGCUUGGAAACUUCGGGAACUGAAGCGUCUGAAGCGAGACCGAGAGGCACUGAUCGCGCGGGAAAAGGAGCUUGAAGAAAUCGAACGGCGGCGCAAUUUGACAGCAGAGGAGAGGGAGAAGGAAGACAAGGAAUACCUGGAAAGACAGAAGCAGGAGCGCGAGGGAGGCCGUUCGGAGGCCGCGUUUCUGGCGCGAUAUCAUCAUAAAGGUGCAUUCUUCCAAGGCGACGAGACGGCGGAGCUGCUGAAGAGGAGAGAUGUCAUGGGCGCACGGUUCGAGGAUCAGGUUACUGACAAGUCGACCUUGCCCGAGUACAUGCGGCUGAGAGACAUGACGAAACUGGGGAAGAAGGGAAGGACGAGGUACACGGACCUGAAAGGGGAGGACACUGGCCGGUUUGGAGAGGAUGUGAAAAGAUGGAAGGGCAGCGGUGGCGCCGGCAGGGGAGGGCCGGGAAGCGGGACAGGAGCGUUCGACACGAGAGGCCUGGACGAGCGGUUCUUGCCCGACGAUGACCGCGGAGGAGGGAGGGCCGGUCCCACAGGCGCGAAUGCAAGUGCCGUUGCGUCCCGACGCGAUCGAGACACGGAGAGGGACGGAGACGGGAACAAGGACAGAGACUCGUAUCGAGACUCCUACCGGCCCCGAGACAGAGGUCGCGAUCAUCGGGAUGACAGAGACAGAGACCGGGACAGAGACCGACGGAAGCGAUCAUAUUCCCGCUCCAGAUCGCGCUCUCGCUCCCGAUCCCGGUCUCCUCGACGGCGCAAGAGGGAGCAUUCGUACGAGCGAGACUCGCGGGAUCGCGAACCCUACCGACGAGAGAACCGCGCGAGGGUUUGAGGCAUGUGCGGACGGGCACGCACGGCGAACAGAUGCUUUCAGGAGACUUUUCUUGAUAUUGUCAUGCUCGAGGGAUUGCGAGGGAUCGUCCGUCGUCGGCUUGCCUUGACCUGACUGCCCUUAGUGGAGGUGUGAAGAAGCCAAAAAAAAAAGGCGCCGUGAACAUACUUGUACUACUUUCCGCGUCAGAAACGCAACCGACCCUCUCGAGAACGAACUUGCAGGGCCUUUCCUUCCUCCACAGAGGGCGAGCAUCAGAAUCGAUCCGAAGUGCUCUCAAUGCGAAUAUGUACCUCUGUGUUCUCGGGAGGAGCCAUGAUUGGAUUCCUUCUUUUUCUCGGGUCAGCAUAUGGGCUGUAGCUGCCCACUCAAGUGACGACUGUGUACUCCCACCGCCCCCCCCCGGUCUCGUCAUGGCUCACCGCCACGAGUAUAUACAGUAAUGUAGCUCGAGCAGACAGACCUUCACGCCUGCUGUCUGGCAUCCUGCUUCGGCCAAGUUCCUACCAAAGCACGGGUCACACAGGUCAUGAAUGCCCUCACCGUCCUGCUCACUCAUCUCACCAGAUCUCGGCCUCACUCAGGGGCGUUGGGACAAUGACAGGACCAUGCAAACGAACUGGUGUUUGCACACCUCGUCCCGGAAGAUAUAAAGAUGCCCGGACUCCCCCCCUCUGCUUCGGCGACUCAAUCCCCCGCGCUAUAUCUUCAUAUCCC